GUACGUGGCGCCUAUGGCCAAAUCGGCUGCUCUCCUGGGCUUCCUGGCAGAUGAUGAACUGCCUGAUUUUCACCUGGGUUGGCCUGGCAAGUUUGGUCGAAGCACUGUCGUUGGUUUCCAAUUUAUCGAGCAGUAUGCCGGCCUGGCCAAGAUGACAGAGGCCGUACGUGAGACCCAUGGAGAAUCAACUGCCCGCUUGGACUAUGAGUACCACAGGGGCAUGAACAUUUUAGAAGAGAGUGGUUUCUUGACACAUUGCGCCAGCAUUUUGCAGGGAGACCGGAAAGGCUUCGUCCUGUGGAAGGCCAUCAAAUGCAGCACUUGGGUGAGCAUCGCUCAAGGUUCGUGCCAUAGAACUUGGCUAGAUCCUCUUGGAUGCCAAACUUCUGCCGCAGUGGCGGAAGGAAACGAGAUGGUAGGUGUGGCGAACGUGGUUCUGGAUGUGUCAUUACAGACUUACACAAAGCAGUUCGGAAUGAAAAUGGCGUCCCUCCUGCCAAAGAUGUUGGAAAGAGAUUCUCCACAAUUACCGCUUGCCAGGGAAGACCAACAGAAAGCUGUCGCUGAGUUCGCCAAUCUUUGGGGGGAUGGCGAUUUGGGUGACCUCUGGGAGGAUGCCGGGUUGCCAAAAGUAGCCAGAUACAUUUUCAGUGCCAAAGGCCCGGCCAAACUGCAGCGGCCUGCAUUGACAGGGAUGUGCCGCAUGUCAGCUGCGGGCCAUGGAGAUGUUCUUCGCAACGCCCAUUCGGCCUCAUCAUUGCUCUCCGGGAUUAACCAUAUGAAUGAAGAUUCCCUUUUUGCUCGCAUCAAGCAUGAGCUGCCUGAUAAUCUAGAAGAUUUGGAGCAGCUACUUCACGUUUUUCAGCAGGGCAGGGAUGGCCAGUUGGCUGGUUCCAAUGUCGAUGAGAAUGCUUUGAAGUCUGUCAUGGCCAAUUGCUUCUCUUUAGCUAGCCAGCACGUAGGAGUUGGCUGCUGCUGGUCGUAUCCCUUGCGCGAAGCGUCAGCGAGACCUUUGGUUGCAACUUGUGCUAAGACGCCAGCGGCUCCCCCAAUGAGCCCAUACUUGAAGAUGGCUGCUGUUGAUCCCAACAUCAUGCCCUCACCACCGCCCAAGCCAUCAUCCAGCACUGAGCUUCGUGGGCCUUCCGCAGUGCCAGCAAAGGCAGUGAUGGUCAAGCCUAAGGCAGUGCCGAACACGGCGCAACGGGUUCAAAGGCUUCUGCAUUCCCCCGAUCGGGCCGGGAAUGGGAAGGGCAAGGGAGGUGUUGUUCGUAAGUUGGAUGCUGCUUUUGAGAAGGAGGCGGGCUGGCUUGUCGGGAUCCUUGGCAAAAACCCGGAGCUGCUGCAGCAGUUGCAAUCUAAGCUUCCAGCUGAUGAUGUGGAAAAGUUGGCCAAUGUGUUUGGGGCAAAGGGGCCACAACAUGGAGAUGCGCAUGAACCCACAUUUCCUCCCAAACCGGCUGACAUGGAGACAGACCUGAACAAGAACGAGAUCGCAAAGGUCAAAAGGGUCGUAACCCCAAAGGCAUUGACCGGACGCUUGGAAGUCCCAGAGGAUAUUUUCAAGCUUUGGCAAGAUCCCAAGGGUCAAGAAAAGCUUCUCCGGUUGUGGUGCAAGAGUGGCGGUAUCAAGGCUAUUUUCCUGGAACGUGUCGAAUUUCUGAGCGUCACCCGCAAGACCAAAAAAAUUGAUGUCAAGGGUGGUUUCUACAGUGAAGAGGACAUGCAGCGGAUUGAGAAGAUCGUGAAAUUUGCCACUCUCAAGAAGCUGGUCCGGAAGUGUGAGUACGACGAAGACACCAACGAGUACUGGGUGAAUAUCAGGACCGAGGGUGUGCUCUCCCGAGAGGACAUCGAGGAGUUGUCCCGAAAACGGAGUCAUGAACAAGACACAGCGGUUGGUGCUGACUUUUUUUCUGGGAUGCCUGACGGUUUGGAUGAGUUGAAUGGUGGCUUCCCCGGGGGUCUUGGUGGUGCCCCUUUGGAGCAAGAACUUGGGGACGGAAGUCAGUGGAUGCCACCACACUCUCCCUCCGAGAUGUUCGCACCUCAGCCCAGGACUGUGAAGAAGCUGGACGGGAUUGUGACGGCAUUGGAGAGUUGCUAUGAUACUAUGGCAGAACUUCAAGCUGAAGGUGAUAUUGAGGUGAGCGACCAAGUGCGGCGCUUUGCGACGCGCUAUGCUCGUGGAGUAACACGCCUGCAACGUCUUCACUUGAGAAGUCGGGUGGGGAAAACCAGCAAUGCUCCUGCCAAUGAACUCGUGGAAGAUGCACGGUCAGCAGUCAAGCGUGACCCGUGUUUGGUGCUGAAAAAAAUUUCGAAAGCCCCGCUGCAUGAUGCUGACAACAGAGUUUUUGAAGCAUUGAAAAAAGCUGGAUACGCGUUUGACGCCCCCAUAACAUCCAUAGCUCUCAGUGAUGAUUUUCAGUAUCCUUGCAUACGGCCUAUAGACAUGAUCCGCAAGACCAUCGAAGCUGGGUUCAUUGACAAAGUUUUGGGGGUGCCGCCAUCCCGUGCUGAACAAACUUUCUCGCAGUUCUGGGACAAAUAUCGAAAAAUCCACGGGGAUCACGACCUGUUUGACCCUGGUUGGGGAAUGGACUUCAACCGUUUGGUGCCUUACUACCUUCAUGGAGAUGGUGGACGGACUUACAAGAAAGGGUCCAUAUUGGUUUUAUCUAUGUAUUCUGCUUUGGGACAGGGAACUGCCAAAAACCCAGUUGCCCGGCCUGAAUCUGCUUCAAGUAGGAAGCGGAAGCGCCAUGACAACAAAUGGGGAGACGAUGAUGAUUGCCAAAUGGGAAUCAAUUUGCUGGGCAACAGUCUAGCCAAUAGGUUUCUCUUUGCUGGUAUCAAUGUCCUGCACUACAAGCAUGCACUUGAUCGUUUGGAUACCUUACUGGAUGUGUGGGGGAAAGAGUUGCGCUGUUUGCUUGAUGAAGGCUUUGAGUACGGUGGCCACACAUGGAAAGUGGCUGUCCUUGGUGUGACCGGAGAUGCCCCCUUCCUCAAAGAAGUUGGUUUCCACAACCGCUCGUUUCACAAUGUGCGAAAAUCUUCCCAAGCUACCACAGCACUACCAGGUAUUUGUUGGCUCUGCUCGGCGGGGAUGACUGGGGGCCCUCGGUUUGAAGACACAAGUAUCGUGAGUGCAGAGUGGAUACGUACUUCAGGUGUGGAUAACCCUAUCCCUUGGACUGUUCCGAGUCCUCUCCUGAUGCACUUGCCCAUUGACCAGCGUCGGCCAGCAGAAUUUUACAGACCAGACAUAUUUCACAUUUAUCACGCGGGGGUGGGCAAAGAUUUUUCAGCCAGUAGUUGCAUUUACUUUCUUUGGUCAAUCUUCAAAGCGCGGAAUAUUGAUUCUAGCCUGGAAACUGCUAACGCGGAACUACGUUCAUAUCUCAAUGCCACCAAAGAUCGGAUCAGUUUUUCCAAGUUGACUUUUGAACUCCUGGGAUACGAGUCUUCGAAGUCGUUCCCUGUUGGCCAUUGGUCCAAGAACUUGGACACUGCAACCAUGAUGAAAUUUGUGGAGAAGGUUGCCAAAGACCAUUUGCCUAUCUAUGCGGGCGAUGAAAUCUUGAAGUUAAUCGCUGAAGCUUCUGAGGCGAUCGGUACUUUCAUCAGAAUUUUAUUGAGUUCGGAAUAUUUCCUGACUCCACAGCAAGCUGGUGAAGCAAUCAAGUGUGGUCACUUUUUCCUUCUACGAUACAUGUCUUUGACCAAAGCGUGCAUGCGGAAUAAGCUGUGCCUCUUUUCAGUGAAACCGAAACUGCAUAUGCUUGCCCACCUAGUUCUCAGGAUGCUCUUGCAAUAUCGAAUAGACAAAGCAGCAGUCAUCAACUGCAUCAGCGAAUCAACAUUUAUGGCGGAGGAUUUCAUAGGGAAAGUUGCAAGAUUAUCGAGACGCGUUUCUCCCAGGUUGCAGGGUUUGAAGCUGCUUUACCGGUAUUUGAUUGCUAUUGAGCGAGCGAUGGACGCAGAAAAGUAG